AUGGCGACAACAAAUUUCUGCAAUCCGGACUCUCUUGACGCCCUGACGUCAAUGGUCAACCAAACGCUCAUAGAGACCGGCCGCUUUUUUAAAACUGGCGGGUCCAUGCAGUCCAGGGCCCAACUCAAGCGUUCAAUCCCCACUGCUCACGAGAAGUUUCAGAGUGCUCUAGACAGUUUAUCUGAGCAGAUAUUUAUUGCCAAAGCUUUCCUUGAACGAGACUACGAGGCAGUGCAAGCAAAGAAAGCUGCCCUUCAGCCUGCUGAGGAUGUUGUUAUGAAUGAAUCGAACGUGAAAGUUGAACCAGAGGCGGCACCACAGCCUUCUGAACAACCAGUGACCGACGCAGACACCGUUCAGCCCAAGGCCGAGCCAGUUGACGACGCUCUCGCUCCGAAGCCCCAGGUCGACGCAAAUGCUAGUCAGCCAAGCGAUCAGCCCGUCAAAGCUGAAAAGCCCGAGGAAGAUGCCGCUGAUGUGCCUGCAGCACAACCCGUUUCUGCGCCAGGCGAUUUCAACUUCGAUUCCAUGCUAGCCGAUAAUUCUGGGACCAACGCCUUCGACCUGAACCUGGACUUUGGCGAUGAUGGUGUGGGAAAUGACAGUUUCCUGUCAGGCUCUAAUCUAGCCAAUGCCGCCAGUAAUGCCAACAAUGGCACUGGGGGAGAAACCAACCAGCCAAACAAUGCUCCAACAGCCUUGCCUGGUACCGAGAACACUCCCGCUCCUGCACAGAUGGGAGGGGAUGCAUUUGAUCUUGAGCUACAAAAAGCGGAAGCAUUCACUAACCCGGGGGAUACCUCGGGCGAGCAGACGUUUGAUGGACAAGGUGGCAGUAACAUGGAAGAUGUCAUGGCACCAGGAGAAUCUAGCUUCGACGAUCUGUUUAUGGAGAACGAUACUUUUGGGGGAGAAGGAGCUGGAGACGCUAGCUUACUAGAUGGGGACGGGUUGGUCAACAUCAAUGACCUGGAUGACAGCUGGUUCACUUGA